AUGGACCCCAACUCGGUUGCAACCUGGGAUGCAAUGGUGGAGCUUUUCUUGGAGAAAUACUACCCACCCAGCGAGGUACUAAAGCGACAAGCAGAAGUCAUCUCCUAUGCAAUGCAGCCUCAGGAGAACAUUCAAGAGGCAUGGAAGAGAUUUAAAUAUCUGAUGAAGAGAUGCCCCAACCACGGGUUAAGCUCGGGGCAGCAAAUCAUAACCUUCUACAGAGGAGCAACUCCGGAGGCAGUGCACGAGUUGAAUAUGAGCGCAGGGGGAUUACUCCUUAGGUUGGGAGAAGAUGAGUCUCUAAAAGUAAUUGAAAGGGUAGCUUCCAACGAUGAGGGAUGGAAGAAUGAGAUAAGCAAGACCUACAGGGUAGCAUCCACAUCGGACAUUGACAGGAUGGACAUGAUGUCUAAGCAACUGGACUUCUUGACGGGCAAGCUAGGCUUCAUGGGAACAGAGCCAACUGGGCUCGAAAGUGAAGAUGUGAAUUAUGUGCAUCAAGGCGGCAACAACAGGAAUUUCAACAACUACCGCCAGAAUCAAGGGGGUGGUAACUUCAAAAACUUUGGGAACAUGGCACAUCCCAACUUGUCCUAUGGGAAUCCUAACAACGCCCUGCAGCCACCACCGGGAUUCCAAGUGUCGAAUGGUCAAGUCAUUGAGACGAAGAAGAAUGAGCUUGGAGAUGUCUUGAUGGAGUUUAUGAAGCAAACAGGGGAGUGUAUGGCCAACUCCGAUAAGAGGCUGAAACAGGUAGAGACAGAGGUGCAAGACUUAAGCAUCCACAUGAAGAGUCUUGACAAUCAAAUGAGUCAGAUAGCUCAAUCUGUGAGCAAAUUACAUACUCCCGGCCAAUUUCCAGGGCAACCAAUUGUGAACCCCAAAGAUUGUAAGGCGAUUCAUCUUAGGAGUGGCAGAAACUAUGAGGGUCCUUCUAUGCUAGAGACCGCAGUUAAAAAAGAAGUGGAAGCUAAGGAAGUGCCGGAAGAAGAGAAAGAAGAAGAGGAGAUAGAGGCGGAGUCACCUAAUAUGCCAUCCGAGGUUCAACCCGAGGCAAUUGUUCUACCCAAGCCAAAGGAAGUUAAAAUUCCUUUCCCUCAAGUGGCGCAAAAGAAGAAGUUAGAUGAAAAGUUUGUGAAAUUUCUUGAGAUCUUCAAGAGGGUACACCUCAACAUACCUCUCAUUGAGGCUCUCCAACAAAUGCCCGGCUACCCCAAGUUCUUGAAAGAGAUUAUGUCCAAGAAGAAGAAGUUGGUUGAUUAUGAAACCGUGAGCUUGACCGAGAAUUGUAGUGCAAUCAUCCAACAAAAGAUGCCGGCAAAGAUGAAGGAUCCGGGGAGCUUCAACAUCUCUUGUGUGAUCGGGAAUGAUAGGCAAACUAAGGCCUUGUGUGAUUUGGGGGCAAGCAUAAAUCUCAUGACCCUAAGCUUCUUCCGGAAGUUGAAAUUUGGUGUCUUGAAGCCGACUACCAUCACCCUUCAAAUGGCGGAUAAAUCCGUCAAGUUCCCCAAUGGAGUCCUCGAGAAUGUCUAA